AUGGAAAAAACCAAAACAAAGCAAGGAGAGAAUGAACAUAUGCCGGUGAAUAGUCCUUCCACACAGAUUUACCAGUUGCAGGCCUUAGCCUCUGAACUGAAAACUGGAUUCACAGAAGCAAUGCAGGAACUGUCAAGAAUCCAACAUGGAGAAUAUGCUUUGGAAGAAAAGGUUAAGAGCUGUAGGUGUUCCAUGGAAGAAAAAGUUACUGAGAUGAAGAAUUCAUUAAACUAUUUCAAGGAAGAGCUGAGCAAUGCCAUGUCAAUGAUCCAGGCCAUCACUUCCAAACAAGAAGAAAUGCAACAGAAAAUUGAACAGCUUCAACAGGAGAAGAGAAGAGAAUCUCGAAAAGUUAAAGCCAAAAAAACUCAAAAAGAAGAACAUGGCACACAGGCUGGGCCUGCUCAACAAGCCCAAGGAAGCCCUUUCCGCUCCAUUAACAUCCCUGAACCUGUUCUGCCAAGUGAAGAAUUCACAAAUAUUUUGCCAUCUCAGGCCUAUGAGAAAGCCCAAGAGUCCAGAUCUGUUCAUGUAGGAGAGAGUAAUGUGAAGGGAAUGAUGGGUCCUGGAGUGAACCCAACAACUCCAGAAGCAGAUGAAAACCUCAAGUCUUGUCUCUCAGCUGAUAUCCAGCCUAAAGGCCACCUCUCAUCUGGUGUAUGGAGGCAGCCAAAGGAUGGCAAAGAAUGGGGCGAAGAAUAUGUCACAAAAGACCACCCAGAUAAACUCAAGGAAGCUGGCCAGGGUAGACACAGCUCCCUGGAGAAUGUUUUAUGUGAAACCUCUUUAGCUGCCAAAAGACAAACUGUGGCUCUAGAACUGCUUGAAUCUGAAAGAAAAUAUGUUAUUAACAUCUCUCUGAUCCUGAAGAUAAAGGCAACAUUCCAGGGGUCAGAUGGAAAGAGGAAUUCCAAAGAGAGAAGCCUCUUCCCUGGGUCUUUACGGUACAUUGUCCAGCAGCACCUGGAUUUGCUUCAUGCACUGCAGGAAAGGGUCCUGAAAUGGCCACGCCAAGGAGUUCUUGGAGAUUUAUUCCUUAAACUAACAAAUGAUGAGAAUAACUUCUUGGAUUAUUAUGUUGCCUAUUUGAGGGAUUUGCCAGAAUGCAUCUCAUUGGUUCAUGUUGUUGUUCUGAAGGAGGGUGAUGAAGAGAUUAAAUCUGACAUCUAUACACUGUUUUUUCACAUAGUCCAGCGGAUCCCUGAAUAUUUGAUACAUCUGCAGAAUGUCCUGAAGUUCACAGAGCAAGAACAUCCUGACUAUUACCUACUACUGGUGUGCGUUCAGCGUCUCCGAGUAUUUAUCUCACACUAUACCCUGCUGUUUCAGUGCAAUGAGGAUUUGCUUAUUCAGAAACGAAAAAAGCUCAAGAAGUCAUCAAUGGCAAAGCUAUACAAAGGGCUGGCUUCCCAGUGUGCAAAUGCUGGCCAAGAUGCUUCCCCCACUGCAGGCCCUGAGGCUGUCCGAGACGGUGGGAUCCACUCAGAAGAGAUUCUGCAACCCUACUCAUCUGCUCCCAGUUCUGGCCCCACUGUCACACACCUGAUGCCCCCAGUGAAGAAAGGCCAACAGCAGCAAAGCAUGAUGGAGAGCAUGCAGCCCGGGAAGCCCAGUGACUGGGAGAUGGAGGGCAGAAAGCACGAGAGGCCCGAGAGCCUGCUGGCGCCGGCACAGUUCUGUGCGGCCGAGCAGGACGUGAAGGCGCUCGCCGGGCCCCUGCAGGCCAUCCCCGAGAUGGACUUCGAGCCCUCUCCCGCCGAGCAGCUGGGCAACGUGGAGCGCUCCCUGCGCGCCCCGGCCGAGCUGCUGCCCGACGCCCGCGGCUUCGUGCCGGCGGGCUACGAGGAGUUCGAAUACGGCGGCGAGAUCUUCGCGCUGCCUGCGCCUUACGACGAGGAGCCCUUCCAGGCCCCGGCCCUCUUCGAGAACUGCUCGCCGGCCUCUUCCGAGUCCAGCCUGGACAUCUGUUUCCUGCGGCCCGUCAGCUUCGCCAUGGAGGCCGAGCGGCCCGAGCACGCGCUGCAGCCGCUGCCUAAGAGCGCCACGUCGCCGGCGAGCAGCAGCGGCGCCUACAAGCUGGAGGCAGCGGCGCAGGCGCAGGCGCACGGCAAGACCAAGCCGCUGAGCCGCUCGCUCAAGGAGUUCCCGCGCACGCCGCCCGCCGAGGGCGUGGCCCCGCGCCUCUACAGCACGCGUAGCAGCAGCGGCGGCCGCGCGCCGCUCAAGGCCGAGCGCGCGGAGCGCGCGGAGCGCGCCGCGCAGCCCCACGGCUCGGCCGGUGGCGCUGCCGUACCCCGCGGCGCGCCGCGGACCUUCUUCCCCCAACAGAGGUCCCAAAGCGAAAAACAGACCUAUUUGGAAGUAAGGAGGGAGAUGCAUUUAGAAGACACCACCCGAUUCUGUCCAAAGGAAGAAAGAGAAAGUGAACAAACAUCUUUCAGCGAUCAAAAUCCCAGGCAAGACCAGAAAGGGGGCUUUCGCAGCUCCUUCCGCAAGCUCUUUAAAAAGAAGUCCAGUGGAUCAGAAUACAGGGAAAAAACUAAUGAGAAUCCCUCAAUGGAUCCUUCACCCACCAAACAAGAUUUCUUCAGAAACCGACUUGCUCUUGCAAAUGACCUUGACCAAGGAACAGCUGUGUAA